UGACGUAUAAUCUAGUGGACGGUUCUUCAUAAACAGCUCGUCAACCACCUCGGUAGCUAGCUAGCCAACAUAGCCGAAAGAUUCAAGCUAUUUAUACGCUUUCGGUGUAUAUUACCUACUGUGUUUAAGACACACUUAGGUCGUAUCUACUUGUUAACCUAUUUAAUUUAAUAUUACGUUAUUUUGUAUUAGUCAGCUAUAGUAGCUGACUGGUUAAGUUAGCACUAGCCUAGUCGCUAAUGAUAGCUAGCUAGCUAACAUCCCCGACCAUGAGCUCAGUAAGCUUCUCCCCUCUUGUUAAAGAAGAGGUGAUCUGCUGGACGGAGAAAGAAGCUCUGGGGCAGAACAUUGUCGUGAAAGAGGAGAAGGAAGAAGAGGAUGUCACAGUAAAACAAGAAGUAGAGGAUGAGGUUGUUACAGUGAAAGAAGAAGAGAAAGACGUUUCAGUGAAAGAAGAGGAAGACGCGUUCAGAGUGAAAGAGGGGGGUGCAGUUUUUGGUGUGAAAGAGGAGGAGGAGGAGAUUACUGUCACAUUGGAGGAAGAAGAGGAGGUUGGAGAUCCGUUUAACCCCAGAGAGAUACAGGACUAUCGUGGAUCCUCUGGGGAGCCUCAACAACCUCAUGAUGCUGACGAGGCAGAGAAGAGUCUCUCCAGAUCAGAACACCUCAAUAAACACCUGCAGAGAUCCACAGGGAAGAGAACUCACUGCUGCUCUGACUGUGGGAAGAGAUUCACCUCAUCAGGCAUUAAAAUUCAUCAGAAAACACACAAAGGAGAGAAACCUUAUAGCUGUGUUCAAUGUGGGAAGAGUUUUUUUACAUCUAGCCAACUGACAGUGCACCAGAGAACACACACAGGAGAGAAACCUUAUAGCUGUGAUCAAUGUGGGAAGAGUUUUUGUCAAUCUAGCCAACUGACAGUGCACCAGAGAACACACACAGGAGAGAAACCUUAUAGCUGUGAUCAAUGUGGGAAGAGUUUUUGUCAAUCUGGCUAUCUGACAGUGCACCAGAGAACACACACAGGAGAGAAACCUUAUAGCUGUGAUCAAUGUGGGAAGAGUUUUACUACAUCUGGCUCUCUGACUUUACACAAAAGAACACACACAGGAGAGAAACCUUAUAGCUGUGGUCAAUGUGGGAAGAGAUUUACUACAUCUGGCUCUCUGACUUUACACCAGAGAACACACACAGGAGAGAAACCUUAUAGCUGUGAUCAAUGUGGGAAGAGUUUUAAUACUUCUGGCUAUCUGACAGUGCACCAGAGAACACACACAGGAGAGAAAAUAUAUAGCUGUGAUCAAUGUGGGGAGAGUUUUACUAGAUCUGGCCAUCUGACAUUACACCAGAGAACACACACAGGAGAGAAACUUUAUAGCUGUGAUCAAUGUGGGAAGAGUUUUAUUCAAUCUAGCCAGCUGACUGCACACCAGAGAACACACACAGGAGAGAAACCUUAUAGCUGUGAUCAAUGUGGUAAGAGUUUUAUUCAAUCUAGCCAGCUGACUGCACACCAGAGAACACACACAGGAGAGAAACCUUAUAGCUGUGAUCAAUGUGGGAAGAGUUUUUGUCAAUCUGGCCAACUGACAGUGCACCAGAGAACACACACAGGAGAGAAACCUUAUAGCUGUGAUCAAUGUGGGAAGAGUUUUGUUCAAUCUAGCUAUCUGACAGUGCACAAGAGAACACACACAGGAGAGCCAAUGUAUAGCUGUGACCAGAGAUAAUCUGAUAAAAGAUCUCUGACUAAUCAUCAGAAAAUACAUGAAGGAGUUGUUUCAUGAUAUCAGUGAAAUGAUGUCACAAUGUAGAAUGUUUUAACAUUGUAGUAGGAGUAUUUUAAUGAUGUCACAAUGUAGAACCUUAAACGUUUGUCCCCUGUUCUAUUGAUUUCAACAUGAUAUGGAUAUUAGCCUCAGGGGGAAAUCCAGGCUCUGAAUUGGAAGAGUACUAUUUAUGAGAUUUAGUAAGUACACAUUAUUCCCAGAUUCCGUGUGGGUGUUUGAGCUGCUAGUUUUAACAGGACGUGCAACCUCAUCUCCCUCCUGUCGCAUAAAUGAUUUUAGCAUGAUAUCGAUGAGUUAUGACAAAUAAGUGUUGCGUUCCUUUGUUUAGCGACCCCUACAUUUAAAUGCAUUCCAACAUCACGUACAACCUGAUUUCCCCCCUAAUCGAUAUCAGUUAUUUAUUGCUACUUGUCAAAACAGCGUUUUUGGUGCUUGUGCAGUUUUUAUAAGGAGCUUGUUUAAAAAAAUACAAGAAAUAUGAUUAUUGUGGCAGAUGUUUGUGUAAAUAGCACAUGUUAUGUUUAGGUUUUCAAUUUAUCCCAAACUGUUUCUGCUUAUUGGUUAUUGAUUUGGACACGUUAAAACUGUGUUUUGACAUUGAGGCUAUCCCACCUAGCAAAAUGUAAUUGAAAAGACAUUGAAAAUAAGACUAUGCAAUCAAAUAUUUUUUUCAAACAUUUUUUAUUAUACCAUGCCUUACCAUUAAGUGAAUUAUUGACAAUACAUAUAAUCAAAGGGGUGUACAUUUGGCUUUGGUAAUUCAUGUUUACAAUUCAUGUAACUUUUAGUAAUCAUAAUUAUUUAUGCAAUCAACUGACAAUUUUCGGGUAUAAAUAUAUUGACAUUGUUGCCCUUCUUUUAGAAUAGCAGGGUUCGUUCUCAGAUGUGCCAACCCAAAUGUACUAGAGCAUGACAUUGGGGACUGGGCCCCCGAUCCAACAACAUGCCUAACGAGUGAACUCUGAAAAGAGAGAGAAGCUUCGCAGUGAGGUGGAAAGUUACUACGGAUAUUGCAGGAGUUUCCUCUUGAAAUCAGACAUGUCUGUUGUAAGGACAACUUGGUUGCUGAUUGUCUCAAGAGUUAAAAAGAUUUGUGUUUUGCGUUUAGCCAGUGCGUUGCCAUGGAUCACAAUUUAUUUUGACUGCACGUUUUUCCGUAUUGGAGAUGAGUUUUGUUUGGGCUCAUGAAGCAUUGUAGUUGAUAAUGUGAAAUGGAAAUUGUUUUCUGUUGUCCAACAAAAAUAUAGGAUAUAUUUUUUCUCUUAA